GCAACCGUUGCUAACUCAGCCAUUGUAAACAUAAAAUAUGCGCUAAUCAAACCUUAGCCAUAAACAAAAGAGAAUUUUGGAGUAAUUUGUUGUUGAUUUCGAUUGAGAUUUUAUUGAAAAUUAAAUAUGGCAUCAGUUCUACCACCUCAAAAAGCCCAAGAGACUUAUACGUUCUCAAGUCAGCCUAAAGCAGUUAGGGAAAGAAAGAAGUAUAGGGAUCCGUAUCAGGACGAGAAUCAACCAGCCGCAUAUGGAAAUAUUAUGUAUGAUAAGAGAGUUAUUAGAGGGAAUACUUAUGCUCUUCAGCAUUUACCAGCCACUUCCCAACCGGAUCCAGUAGAAGUUCAGAGACAGAAUGAGGCAAAGAAACGCGCAAGAGCUAGAGCAAGGGCGAAACAACAACUACGUCCUAGGACUCCUGACGCAGUUGAAGGAAGGAAACACAUGGAUGUUCAGACAGAACUUUAUUUGGAAGAAAUUAGCGAUAGGGUUGAAGAGGCCGAUCAAGAAGUACAAACCGAUGCUUUCUUAGAUAGACCGCCAACUCCUUUGUUUGUACCAGCUAAAACUGGUAAAGAUGUUGCUACUCAAAUAUUAGAAGGAGAAUUGUUCGACUUUGAUAUUGAAGUACAGCCAAUUCUUGAAGUUCUUGUUGGAAAAACAGUUGAACAGUCCCUGUUAGAGGUGUUGGAAGAAGAAGAAUUGGCAUCCCUCAGAGAGCAACAGAGAGCUUUUGAGGAAUUGCGUAAUGCUGAAUUAGUUGAGCAACAGAGAUUAGAAGAGCAAGAGAGAAGGCAUAGAGAGGAAAAAGAACGUAGAAUGAAACAACAACGUGAAAUACUUCGUAAAGAAAAGGAAACUGCCGACAAAAUUGCAGCAAGAGCUUUUGCUCAAAGUUAUUUGGCCGAUUUGAUACCAUCCGUUUUUGGUACUUUGGCCGAUAAUGGAUACUUUUAUGAUCCGAUUGAGAGAGAUGUUGAACAAGGCUUCUUGCCUUGGCUUAUGGAUAGAGUGGCAGAAAAAAUGGACAACUCAACACAUUCCCGAAUGGUGUUGGAUGGUCUUGUCAGAGAAGUUGUUAGGAAUAGAGUUCAAGCAUUCAAAAAAUUGGAUGACUCCAAAAAAGCAGCGAAAGCACCUCUUGUUCCUAAAGAGGCUGAAGGAGAAGCUGAUGAACCCGUAGCAGAAGUUGCUCCGGCAGCGGAACCUCAGGAAGCGGCACCAACUGAAGCCGCACCGGAAGAAGAAACUACAGGCCCAGUUGAAGAGGACCAACAGGAGGAGGAAGAAGCGGAAGCUGAGCAGGAAUAGACAUUAUUAUUUUUAAUCGCCUAGUUUGUCCUUUUAUCAUUUUUCUUUCUCGUCUGCAGUUUAAUAUUAUUAUGAAAAUACGAUUAGCCUUAAAUCUGAGAAAACUGCAAAAUUGAGGAUUGACUUUUGAAUAAAAAAAGUAUUAUUAAAAAUAGUUUCGUCUUGCAUAUAUUAAAGAUGGAAUAACACUAAUCAUCAGAAUAUGAUGGCAUCAGAAAUUAAAUAGAUAAGUCAUCUUUAUUAAGACUAUCUCGGUUCUCUAUUAAUUUUUUAAAUAUAUCAUUUGAAAUCACUAGAACAGAUUUAAUAUUACCCCAAUUAAGGGAAGAUGAAACAAGUUCAUUUUUUGAUGUCAUUUCUAGAAAUUUGAUGAAUAAAACUGAUAUCACUUUUUUAUAUUCUAAAUGUUAAAGAAGAAGAUUAAUAUUGAAAGUCACAUAGAUAUUUGCAUAGUCGUAUAUUACUAAUAUAUUCUUAUACAAUAUGAUCAUUUCGUAAAUGACUAUUAGUUAAUUGUUAAUAAUUGCCUUAAGUUUUACUGAAUACUGUAUAAAAGCAUGAAAAUGUGCAUUGAAUUUGCUAUUUAUCCCAUACCAAGUAUACUAUUAUGUUACUUUUCCUCUUCCUAAUUACCUGUAUUCCUCUUUUACACCUCGCUUCUAGAUAUAAGAGAAUGUUUAUACACAAGUGUUUUAGUAGACUAUAUGAUAUCUUUUCUAACUUGAAUCGUCUUGUUUUGCAAAAAUAUUGAAGCAGAGUUUUUUCAUUAUAAGAAUAACAAGACAUAAAGACGACAAGCGUA